UAUAUAUGGAUCAAAGCAGGCUUCUACUUGACUAAUUUUUUGGUGUCGACAGAAAUUUAUCAAUAAGAGAACGUAAUAAAAGAAGAGAACAUUAUACUGACAAAGAGGUAUGUGCAUACUUUUUAAUAAGCAAUGACGAAUGUUAUAAAGAACUUUUUCCAAAUACAAAUUAUGAUGAUGGACCAUGUAAAUAAAGACAUGAUGAAUUUUUUAAAAGAUAAUUUUAAGAUGAUGCUGAAGAUAAAAGAGGUGAAUUCGAAUAUUAAAUAAUAAAGCAAGCUAUAGAUUUUAUUUAAAAAAAAUUAAUGAUAUAGAUCAUAAAAUAUAAAAAAAUAAAUAAUAUACAGAAAAAAAAAUUGCUACAGAUGUAGAAAGACCAAAAGAAAUUUAAUAAAAAAUUGAUAACAUGGAAAAUCAAAUUAAAAUAUUUUUAGAAUAAAGUGCAAAUUUAGGAGCAUAAGGAGAAAUAGAAUAAAGUGAAAAAUUAGCAGAAUAAGCAGAAGCUUUGCGUGUUUAAAAAGAAACAUUAAUUGCAUAAACUGAUAAUGGACUUGUUAAUAGUAAUUUAGCAUAAAAGGAAGUUUGUGAUAUCUGUGGAGCUUGGAAAAUUACUAAUGAUAAUGAUAAAAGGGCUUAAACACAUUUAGAAGGAAAAAUACACUAAGGAUUUUAAUUUUUGAGAGAUGAAAUAAUUAGAUUAAAAGAAAGAAAAAAUGCAGUUAAAGCCAUAUUGAAAAAAAUCGAUAAAGAAAAAGAAAGAAAACGACAUUAAAAAAGUAAAAGCAGAAGUAGAAGUAAAAAUAAUAAAAAAGGAUAUUCAUCAAGAGGUAGAACUGAUAGAUCUGAUUCUAGGGGUAGAAAAUCUAAUAAAGAAUCAAAAGAUGUACUUCACGCUGAUUUAGAAAUGGCGAUAAGGAAAAGAAAAAGAAUUGAUUUCGAUGAAGGAAAGACCCAAUUUUUACUCACAACAAACCUAGUGGCAAGAGGUAUAGACUUUAAUAACGUAAGUGUCGUAAUAAAUUGUGAUGUACCAAUCCAUAUCAAAAAAAGAGGUCAAAAUGACUCCGGUCCAAUAAAACCUGAAUAAAUAGAUACUGAAACUUACAUUCAUAGAGUCGGAAGAGCGGGAAGAGCUGAUAAAAAAGGAGUAGCAUUAACAUUAUCUAAUUAGCCUGGAGAAGAGUCUAUAAUAACUGAGGGGGCUAAAUUUGAUAUUACAAUAAUAAGUAAAUAUGAAAAAUAGGAAAUUUUUGAUCAUUUAAAAAACUGCAUUUCUCAUAAUUAGGAAGUCAUAAAUUAAAAAAAAGGAGAAUAUUCUUCCAAAAAAUGGUCUGAUUUACUCCUUUCUUAACCUGUGAUAGAAAAAAUGCAAAAAAGUGGAUUUGCUAAACCUCGGGCUGCUUAAGCAAUUGCAGUACCGAAAAUUAUUAAUUAUUAGGCUGAUAAUAAAAAUGUUUAUUCAUUAAUGUCUAUUUAUGGCUUCCCAAAUGGAAGAGGGAAAACCUUCUGCUUUUUAUUACCUGUAGCAGAAAAAUAUGAUUCUAAUUUAUAAUCUCAUGUCACUUUCAAAAUUAAUUCUGGACCCAAAAAAGGAUAAGAUGGUUAUAAAUGGAUGCCUUAAGUUGUUAUUUUGGCUCAUUCGAAAGAAUUAUGUCUUUAAAUUGGAAAAUAAUUGAGUUUGUGUAUGCCUGACGAAAAAAAAUAUGAAAUUUCUUACCUAUUUGCUGAUACAGAUACUAAAGAUAUUAAAGGAUCUGUAUGUAUUGGUACGCCUGGAUAUGUGGAAAAAAUCAUGAAAAGUCUAGAUUUUAAAAACCUUAAGUUCCUAAUUUUAGAUGAGGCAGAUGAAGUAAUUCAUUCUCAAACUAAAAACGUAAAAGAUAUUGUGGAUAAAACUUUUAAAGCUAUAGUUGAUAAUAAUUUGAAAAAUACCCAAGUUUUACUGUUCUCGGCAACUUUUGAUUAAAAAGAUUUCGAAGUUUUAGAGGAUGUGGUUGAUGAUUCAGAUUAUAAUAAAGAUAAAAUUAAUAUUGAAACUCAUUGGGAUAUUGUUUGA